UGUUUUUUUUUUUUAGAGAACUGGAAGAAGAUCAAUACUGGCCCAGUCUGCUUUGGAGCUCGAGAUAACUCAUAUGGGGCUUUCAAAAUCAGAGAGAGUGGGGUCAUUCGUACCUUUAAACUCGUUCAUCUGAAUGGGUCAGUUAGAUGUCACCGCGAUUACCCUCCUUCUUAUUGGGGAUGUGUGAAUCCCGUGUAUGGAGACACGAGACUCCUAACCGUCAUAACGUUCAAGAACGAAUCCCGUCUUUCGUUGGCAGAUUACAAGAAAAGAGGUUGUGACCGUCCAUAUAAGAUCGAAGGUGUAGGUGUUAAUGAGACCGAACUUUCAUUUAACAAACUCCCCUCUCCAAUAUCUGUGUCUGUUGGAGACGAGUUUCAAAUUUGGUACGUACAAGACUUACUUAACUGUUCAGAAGACAACAACAGCGGUCAGACAUGUGCUGAUGUUUAUGCGUGGUACGCGUGA